GGCGCCACGGCUAGACAGAGCCUCUCUUCCUUGUCUGGUCAUCCUAGUUCCGGAGGCUGACCUGGGGAGACGCCCUUGAUGCCCUGAAUUGCAGUCCUUGCGUCGCUGCUAGUCAGGCCGCCGUUACCCACCUCACACGCAGCUCCAGGACGCUGCACUCCGCGCGCUGCUGUGAGGAGGACGCGCAGCCUAGUCCCCAUGGAAACGAUGCCACUUCCGUCACGGCGCAUGCGAGAGGUCAAAGGUCAGCCCGGCGAGUUCCGCUUCCGCUUCCGGGAUCUUGUUUGUUGUCGGAAAGCUUUGUGGUUUCGGUGAGCUCUCAGACCCCGGAUUUCUAGCUUUCGUGCGGGGGACAGGUGCCCCGAGGUCCGCUGCUGCAGACAUGGCGGCCUCCACCGCGGCCGGGAAACAGCGGAUUCCCAAAGUGGCCAAGGUGAAAAACAAAGCCCCGGCUGAGGUACAGAUAACUGCUGAACAACUCUUAAGAGAGGCUAAAGAAAGAGAACUUGAGCUUCUUCCACCUCCCCCUCAACAGAAGAUCACAGAUGAAGAAGAAUUAAAUGAUUAUAAACUAAGGAAAAGGAAGACUUUUGAAGAUAACAUAAGGAAAAACAGGACUGUAAUUAGUAACUGGAUAAAAUACGCACAAUGGGAAGAAAGCCUAAAGGAGAUUCAGAGGGCUCGAUCCAUAUACGAGCGUGCUUUAGAUGUAGACUAUCGAAAUAUUACACUCUGGCUGAAAUAUGCAGAAAUGGAGAUGAAGAAUCGCCAAGUCAACCAUGCUCGAAAUAUCUGGGACCGGGCCAUAACAACGCUGCCUCGAGUCAAUCAGUUCUGGUACAAGUACACAUACAUGGAGGAAAUGUUGGGGAACAUUGCCGGUGCCCGGCAGGUGUUUGAGCGCUGGAUGGAGUGGCAGCCUGAGGAGCAAGCCUGGCACUCCUACAUCAACUUUGAACUGAGAUACAAAGAGGUGGAUCGGGCCCGCACCAUUUAUGAGCGAUUUGUCCUCGUGCACCCUGAUGUUAAGAACUGGAUCAAGUAUGCCCGCUUUGAAGAAAAACAUGCUUAUUUUGCCCACGCACGGAAAGUGUAUGAGAGAGCUGUGGAAUUCUUUGGGGAUGAACAUAUGGAUGAGCACCUGUAUGUCGCCUUUGCCAAGUUUGAAGAAAAUCAGAAAGAGUUUGAAAGGGUACGAGUGAUUUACAAGUAUGCCCUGGACAGAAUCUCAAAACAAGAUGCCCAAGAACUCUUUAAAAAUUAUACCAUCUUUGAGAAGAAGUUUGGUGAUAGGCGGGGUAUUGAAGAUAUCAUCGUGAGCAAACGGAGAUUCCAGUACGAAGAAGAAGUAAAGGCGAAUCCACACAAUUAUGAUGCGUGGUUUGAUUACUUGCGCUUGGUAGAAAGUGAUGCAGAAGCUGAAGCCGUGAGAGAAGUCUAUGAAAGGGCCAUUGCCAAUGUGCCCCCCAUUCAGGAGAAGAGGCACUGGAAGCGCUACAUUUACCUUUGGAUCAACUAUGCACUCUAUGAAGAAUUGGAGGCAAAGGAUCCUGAGAGGACAAGACAGGUGUAUCAAGCCUCUUUGGAGCUAAUUCCUCACAAAAAGUUCACAUUUGCCAAAAUGUGGAUACUGUAUGCACAGUUUGAAAUACGACAGAAGAAUCUGUCAUUAGCCAGAAGAGCAUUGGGAACUUCCAUAGGCAAAUGUCCAAAAAACAAAUUAUUUAAAGUUUACAUAGAGUUGGAGCUACAGCUUCGAGAAUUUGACCGAUGCCGGAAGCUUUAUGAAAAGUUCCUGGAAUUUGGACCUGAAAAUUGUACCUCGUGGAUUAAAUUUGCUGAAUUAGAGACAAUCCUUGGUGAUAUUGACAGAGCACGGGCAAUCUAUGAAUUAGCCAUCAGUCAGCCACGUUUAGACAUGCCAGAGGUGCUUUGGAAAUCAUAUAUUGAUUUUGAAAUUGAGCAGGAAGAAACGGAAAGAACACGAAACCUUUACCGACGGUUGCUUCAAAGGACGCAGCAUGUCAAGGUAUGGAUCAGCUUUGCUCAGUUUGAGUUGUCCUCAGGAAAAGAAGGAAGUUUGGCUAAAUGCAGACAAAUUUAUGAAGAAGCUAACAAAACCAUGCGAAACUGUGAAGAAAAGGAAGAGAGACUUAUGCUGCUGGAAUCUUGGCGAAGUUUUGAAGAGGAAUUUGGAACAGCUUCAGAUAAGGAGAGAGUAGACAAACUCAUGCCAGAGAAAGUCAAGAAGAGAAGAAAGGUCCAGACGGACGAUGGGUCUGAUGCAGGCUGGGAAGAAUACUUUGAUUACAUCUUUCCAGAAGAUGCUGCCAACCAACCUAACCUCAAACUCCUGGCCAUGGCCAAACUGUGGAAGAAACAGCAGCAGGAAAAGGAGGAUGCUGAGCACCAUCCAGAUGAGGACAUCGAUGAGAGUGAAUCCUAAUCUUUUUUCAUAUUGACAGAUGUUUUGUUAUUUUUAUAAAUUAAUUGUUUGGAACUCUUGUGACUCCUGGAGGUUCUUAUAUAUUUCACCAGUAAGAAAUUGAUUGGUAUCUUUGAUAGCUACUUUUUAAGUUAUUUUUUAAAUGCUCUUGGGUUAGCUAGGGGUGGGGAUUGCAAGUAAAGGACUUUUUUAACUGCUGGAUUUCUUUUUCCAACUGAGUCCAAACUUUUCUAAUGUCUGUCCACAUCAUGCAUUAGAAAAUGUAAUUAAGGUAACAUUUUACAGUAACUUUUCAUGUCAUAACCAUAAAGAUAGUUUAUGCAUUCAUCUGAAAUGUAUAACUUUUUCAUGUCUUCAGAGUCACAGACUUGAGUUCAUUUCCCAGCUCUGCCACUCGUGAUUAUAAAACUUAAUUUUCAUUUUCCUCAUUCACAAAAUGGGCCAAUACUUUGACAACUCAUUUUGAAGAUUACAUUAUAAAAGGAAUAUACCUGGUGGGUGCAUAGUAAGUGCUCAGUAAAGUGUUUGUUCUAAGCCACUUUUAAAAAUAGUUUCAUUCCUUGUAGAAUUAAAUGUGAGUGGAUUAAUUUACCUUACCUUAUUACUAGUGGCCAGUUACAUUAAGUGCUUUUUAGAACAUUAUUUGGAAAAAAAUUUGCAGUGAUUCUAUUUCUGAACAAGGUUCAGAAAACAUUGUUUACCAAGAGGAAUUUAGUCUAAUUUCAGUUAGGCACUCAUCAGUUCUCCAGAGUGGUUGAGUUUGUAAUAGCUUGUUUAAAGAAUAAUGGCUUGUUUACAUGUGUGCUAUGAAAAUUGAUGUCCCAUGUUCACACAAAUUUGGGAAAAUCUGGACUAAGACUUAAGUCUCGCUAAUCAAAUCUCUUUACAGUUAGGCUUCUGUACAUUAUGUAUCUCCGGUAGCAAUGUUGCCAUAUUAUUUCUCAAACUUAGUGGACAAUGGAGUAAUUUCUACCUAGAGUACCAGUAAACAUCUUCCAGUGUGCUGUAGUAGAAAAUGUCUACUCCUCACUCCUGACAUGUUAAACUUACUCUUGGUUUAGAGCACGUGUAGAAACACCUAAGGUAGCUCUAUGUUAAAUAAUGAAGAGUAGCACAAGAAUGAAUAUAUUUGCUGAUAUGUUGCUCACAUUCUCAAGCAAAAAUUUGACUACAUUAACUGAUCUGAGAGUUUUCCUUUAACCUGGACUGUGUUUCUCAAGCAUAUUUUUUCUUUGUUCACUGCCCAAGGACUAGAACUAUAUUUUUAAGGUUGUUUUCCCCUAAAAGGACCUUUAGUAAGCAAAUUGAUUAUUAAAUGUGCACGUCUCAUUCACCCAAGGAAUAAACCUAUUUCGUAAUGUUACUAAAUUUUAUCUUGAAAAUAACAUACAGUGUUUAAGGACAGAAGAAGAAAAUAGGACUGUUGAGAUAAAAGGCAAAUCUGUUUUCAUCCUGACUGCUUUAGUCACUGGACCAGCAUCAGCUGCUGCGGUGUCAGAUCACAUCUCGAGUAGAGGUCUGCCUAGUGAGUGAGCAGGAGAACAUCAUCUUAAUGAGGCCUUUGGUUCAUCCCGUCAGGGAGUGAGAUGAAAACAGGUCAGCAUGCAAGUGACUUAAUCACAGUCUUCCUAGAAUUACCUGUUUAUGUUGCAUGUAUGCAUAAGAAAAAAAUUCUGUCAUCUUCCCAAGGUAGAAUUGUAAUAAGCAUGUGCCAGUGUGAAAGCUUGAAGGGAAAAAGCUAUUCUCUAACAGGAGAACAUAAAGAUUCACUUCUCUCCCACCCUCAACUCCACCAAAAUAAAUCCUUUCAAUAGUAAAAGUUUAA